GUAAAUUAAGAUUCUCAUGUAAAAAAAUCAUCUGAAGCUUUUUUCUGACAUAAAAAUUCAUAGUAAACCAGAAACAUGGUUUGCAUAUCCAUUUAAUGUUAAGAAUUUAGGUUUGUGUCUGAACUAUAAACAAAGCACUUUCAUGCAAUGGAGCCCAAUAAUGAUGCAUUUGACAGUAUAAUAAACAAUAUAUAAAUCAAGAACAAUAUAUAGAAAACUAUCACUAAAUAUAUAAAAAUCAAUGAAAAGAGAGAUUAGGUGAGGGGAAGAGCAAACAGAACCGUUGACCAAACCAUAAAAGAUGUAAACAGAACAGUGUUUUGUUAUUAUGUCAAAGGCUAAAGUGUAAGCACCAGUAUCCUACUUUUCUGCAUCUGUUAUUGCCAACUGAGCUCAUUUGACUGAGCAUCUACUUCUUGAGAAUAAGGUUGCCUUUUAUUUAAUGGCAAAUAUUGUUGUGACCGUUGCAACUAAUAUGGCUAAAUAUUUGGCGGGACCAGUAAUUCGCGAAGUACAAUACUUUCUUUGUGUAAAUAAAGUAAUGAAUGAUCUUGAGAAUGAAAAGGAGGUGUUGGCAUCCGAGAGAGACAACUUGCUAAUUCGUGUUGCACAAGCAAAGGAGAGAACAGAAGUAAUUGAAAAACCAGUGGAGAAGUGGCUGAAUGAUGUAGAAAAUCUCUUAAGAGCGGUGGAGGAUCUUGUUCAGAGGAUGGAGACUGACAACAAUUGCUUUCAAGGAUGGUUUCCAACAUGUAGGAGGUAUCUUUUGUGCAAGCAAAUGGUACAAGAGAUAUCAACAAUAGGGAAACUGAAAGGCAAAAGCAAUGAUAUUCAACCAUUUUCUCACCGUGCUCAGCUACCAGGUAUUCAGUAUCAUUCAUCCGAAGACUUCAUUUAUUUUGAAUCUACAAAAUUGGCUUAUAAUGAACUCAUGGAGGCACUUAAGGAUGAUUGUAUCUCUAUAAUAGGAGUGUAUGGACUAGGUGGAUGUGGAAAAACAACCCUUGUAACAGAAGUUGGCAAGAAGUCUGAAGAAUUGGAUAUGUUUGAUAAGGUUAUAUCAAUCACAGUGUCUCGAACUCCAAACAAUAGAGGCAUUCAGGGAAAAAUUGCAGAUAUGUUAAACUUGAAAUUGAUGGAAGAAAGUGAAGAAGGAAGAGCACAACGUAUAUGGUUGCGUUUAAAAGAUAAUAAGCGAAUUCUUCUAAUACUAGACGAUCUGUGGAGAGAGUUUCAUUUGAAAGAUAUAGGGAUUCGCUUAGACAAUGUUAAUAGAAGCACAUGGAAAAUCCUUGUAACCACUCGUAGAGAGCAUGUUUGUACUUUAAUGGACUGUCAAAAAAAUAUUCAUUUGGGGCUCUUGUCUGAAGAUGAAUCUUGGACUUUAUUCCGAAAGUUUGCAAGAAUUGAUGACGAAUAUUCUGAGUUAUUGGAUAGUGUGCCACGGAGAAUCUGCAAUGAAUGUAAGGGACUUCCCAUAACAAUCAAAACUAUAGGGUCAUCAUUAAAAGGAAGGCAAGAAAUCGAGUGGCAGCAAGCAUUUGAUAUGUUGAGGGAUUCAAAGGCAUCCAAUGAUGAAGAUACAUUGAUGCCUACUUUAAAUUGCUUUAAAUUUAGCUAUGAUUAUUUGCAAAGGCCGGAAGCGCAACGGCUCUUUCUGAUGUGUUCUCUUUUUCCAGAAGACUAUCACAUCCCAAUAGAAGAUUUGAUGAGGUAUGCAAUUGGACAAGGUGUGGAAAGAACGCACUCAUUGCAAUCAACAAGGAGCUUGAUCCAAGCACACAUAAAUAAACUUUUGGAUUCUUGCUUGCUGAUGCCUGGUUCUGUGAAGAUGCAUGACAUGGUUCGCGAUGCAGCCUUAUGGAUCGCAAAUAGAUCAGAGAAUUGUAAAAUCUUGGUAAAUCUUGACGAACCACUUAGCAUUGCGGCUGAGAAUAACAAAAUAAGUGACUGUUUUGCAGUAUCCUCAUGGUGGUACAAUGAAAGUCCAUCUUUUUGUCAAUUGCAUGCUCCAAAUCUUAAAAUGCUAUUGCUAAAUAUAGUUGGUCAUAGAUCAUGGAAUUCCCUAGAUUUAUCACAUUUAAUAUUUGAAGGAAUACAAGGACUUGAGGUUUUAUCUCUAACCAUUGACUACAAAAUAGUACCAUUAUCAUUUCCUCCAUCAAUCCAAUUGUUGACAAAUGUUCGAACUCUACGCUUAAAUGGAUUGAAGUUUGGUGACAUUUCUUUCAUAGGAAGCUUAACAAGACUUGAGGUUCUUGACUUGCGACGUUGUGAGUUCGAUGAACUUCCUACCAAAAUAGGAAAACUCAAAAGCCUGAAGCUGCUAGAUCUGUCAGAAUGUCAUAUUUUUGAAAACAACUACAAUGGAGCAAUAGGGAAAUGUUCAAAUCUAGAGGAGUUAUAUGCUUCAGCAUGCUACCCAGAAGAGUAUGUUUAUGAGAUCAUUCUGGACAUUGGUGUUCUCCCAAAUCUACAAAGAUUUGUACUUAACGACCCAAUCGUUCGGGAAAGAACAAGAGUUCUACAAUUGAAUGAUUUUGAUAUCUCAAAGUUGAGGACAACUAAAAAGAUUUUUUUACAAAUAGCGGAAAUUGUUGUUUUGAGAGGCCUCCAUGGAGAAUGUAAAAAUAUCAUUCCAAAUAUGGUUGAAGUUGUGGGAGGCAUGAAUAAUUUGUCUACUCUAUGUUUUGUUGACUGCCAAGAAAUUGAAUGCAUCCUUGAUAAAACUUCUGAUUCCAAGGUAGAUGAUUUAAUUCCGAUGUUGGUCGAGUUACGCCUUCAAAUUAUGAGAAACUUGAAAGGAUUGUGUCAAGGUCCAACUUUGCAAGUGCUACCCUUCUUUGAGAAACUAGAAAUACUUGAAUUACGAUACUGUCCACAGUUACACAACAUUUUUCCAUUGGAAUGUAAGUUACAUAAUCUUAAGUCCCUCAAUUUAUCUUAUAGUAGGUCCAGUGAAGUACUCUUCCCUUUAUCUGUUGCUCAAAGUUUGUUACAACUAGAAAAGCUAAUAGUGGAGGGUUGCGACGAAUUGAAGCAUAUAAUAUUGUGUGAUAGAGAGCAUGACUUUAAUGCAAGAACGGAAAUAGUUCAAGCACAAAGGGAUUCUCAUUUUCUGAUGCCUUGUUUAAGGGAAGUUAAAAUUCAUGAUUGUUGGAAGUUGGAGUCUAUAUUCCCAAUCUGUUAUGUUGAAGGACUUUCACAACUACAAAUGAUAGAUGUAUGGAAUGUUCCUCAGCUGGAAUAUGUAUUUGAUGAAUGUUAUCAUGCAUAUCAACCAUUCCAGGACAACAUCUUUCUUCCUAAUUUAGAAGUUCUCAAACUUUGUAAUCUUCACAAUCUCUUUGGUAUGUUUCCCUUAGACUACUCCCAAGUAGGGUGGCCAUAUGAGUCUCUGAGGAAGCUAACUGUGCAGCAUUGUUCAAGAUUUUCAAGAUUGUGGCUUGAUGUCAUGGUUGGAUCUUUUCCAAUACACCAUCUUCUGAAUGAUACCAAUCCCUCAAAACUGCAAGAACUAGUUGUAAGUGGUAUACAUCAUUUGUCCAUCAUAUUAUGGAACCUACCUAUCAGCAGUCUCCUAUAUCUUCAAUAUGUACAAGUGAGUAAUUGUGAAAAUUUGAAAUGUUUGUUCUCCAUGGAAAAACAUAGUAGCCUACCAGAGUUAAUGUCCCUCCGUGUCUACGACUGCCAAAAGUUGGAACAAAUCUUCGAAGCAAAUGAAGAACAUCUGCAGCUUCCUAAUAUGGAAGUAUAUUUUCCAAAGCUAAAACAUAUAGAAGUCCAAAACUGCAACAAUUUGAAAAGUCUUUUCCCUGUUGCUAUGGUUAGAAUGCUUCCACAAUUAAGCACGCUUCGAAUAUCAAAAGCUAAUCAACUGGAAGAGGUUUUUAAACGUGGUCCUGGAGAUGAUAUUAUCAAUCAAAUGGAAGUUGUACUUCCAAACUUAUCAGACAUUACAUUGGAUGAUCUACCGAGUUUUAUUGAUAUAUUCCACACUAGCAAGUUAUAUGUCGUUAAACCUCUAAAACUCUGCAUAUAUAAAUGCCCCAAAGCUUCUCUAAAUUUGAGAAACAAAUUCAGGAUGAAACUUGAAGAAACAGCAGAUGAGAUGAUGAAGCUUCUCUCUUCAUGAAGACCUCUCUAUGCUCCCAAAAACUGAGAGAAAAUAAUGUGCUUAGUUGCUAUAGCCAUUUGAAACUGUUCAGUUAUGAAGGAUUGUGAUUAUACAUUAAUUACUAGUGUAUGUAUGUUAAUUAAUAUCACUAGUGAUUAUGACAAAUAGGGUUUUAUACCAAACGGAUUUCGCGAUUCUAUACACCAUUUCGCUAUA